CCGAGACAGGCGCAGUAUGAUGUAGGUCGCAGUAAUCACGGCCUGACAUCAGCUCAACACACUAUUGGCUGACAGCACACCAUUACCUGUACGAAGGUGUGCCAGUAACCAGCAGGAUGAACCUUCACGCGCAUUAAGCUACGGGACACUUACAGGAUUUUCAAUUUAUGCUCCCAAAAACAUGGAGCCCGUAACGUCUUGGAGCACCGAAAGAGUUACCUCAUGGCUCGAAGGUCUGGAUGCUCCUCUGAAGGAGUAUUCAAUCUCUGAGUGGAAGCUCUCGGGCUCAGAUCUGCUGCAUCUCUCCACUGCCAGGCUGGAAAAACUGGGAGUGCAUAAAAUCGGACAUCAGGAACUCAUACUGGAUGCCGUGGAAAAACUCUGUGCUUUGACGUACAGUGGUGGCGGAGAGAAUGUGGGCAGCUUGACAGAGAAACUACGCGCAUUGGCUCACACCCUUCAGAUGACCAUACAGGGCCGCUGGCGCGUUAAUGCCAGCGAUGUGCAGAGCACCACCACUCUGCCACAACACGUACUGCAGGCAGUGGUGGACGUCAUCACAGCAGCCAAAGGUCUCAUGUCUUUGCUCAACAGAUACCAGUUUUCACAGCAAACUGGAUACACGGCAAGUGAGAAACUCAUCACUCUCUGUAAAGAUCUGGACACCACCGUCCAUAAGGAGACCGCUGUGUAUGAAAAGGAGAAGGACGUCAUCUCUAUAUGUCGUCAGUUCACAGCAGUGUGUGAUGAGAUUUUGACACAGUGUCCAUCGUCUCUUCUUACUCAUACGGCACAGCUGGAGAGUGUCGACCUGGUCCCUGCCUCACCAGGAGACCAAGUGGGUAUUGAGAUCACCACCACAGGAUCCAGAAAUCAUUUUGUUACUGGAACACCAACAGAGUCACCCACAGAAGUGUGUGAGAAGAUCUUAGCCGGAGAUGAGGUCCUUCAAGUCAACGGUCAAACAGUGAUUGGCUGGAGUAGAGAAAACCUUGUUAAAAAACUUGAGGAGAAUCCAAAUGGAGUCACUCUGGUUUUAAGGAGGCUUCCAGUGUUCCUGAACCGAAAGGAGAGCCGAGCCAAGUCUGAGAGAGAAGAGGAGGAGGAAGAGGAAGAGAAAGGCAGACAUUCGCUUUUGGGGAGGGUGGCGGCCUCUGUGCGUUCUCUGUCCUUUAGUGAGGACAUGCAGGACAUCUGCUAUCUCAGAUCAGUUCCAGACGGCGCGCAUCAUUUCAGACGGGAGAAGUCAGCGCUCUCUACUGAUCAUAGUGCAAAUGGAAAUCAAACAAAUGUUUUAAAAAGCCACCAGUUAGGUACAGACUCUCUGCGUGGCAGUCGGAGCAGUUUGCAAGUGGCCUUAUCACCAGACAGGAGAACUUCAUCCCCACAGAGAGAAGAGCUCAGCAGAGCUAGAACAAGCUCCAGUCCCGACAUGGCCGGAUUACGGGAGGAAAAGGAGAAUAAGAAGACCUCUACUAAAGGAACACGGACUGCGAUGAGCCGAAGAAGAGUGUCCUGUCGAGAGCUCGUCCGUCCAGACUGUGAUGGUUGGCUCUGGAAAAAAAGAAAAGAAAUGGGUGUCUUCAGGACCCAGAAAUGGCAGAGAUGUUGGUUUGUCCUAAAAGGUCCAACACUGUAUUGGUAUACCAGUCAACAGGAGGAGAAGGCGGAGGGCUUGAUCAAGAUCGGCAGCUACAGUAUUGAAAGUGCAGGGGAACACAAGAGGAAGUAUGUAUUUAAAAUGUGCCACCAGCGCUUUCAGGAUUUCUUCUUCGCUGCAGAAAAUGUGACCGACAUGAGCAAAUGGAUUAACUGUUUAAUAAUAGCCAUUCAGAAGCACAGGAAAAAUACCCAAAGUCAGCCGGAUAGCGAAGAAGAUUGUUACAGUGAAACCGAAUCUGAGGAGGAAACAUCUCGUUCACCUCUCCCUCCCCGGAAGAAAGUCGCUGCGAAAACACAGCCUCAAUCAAACACACUCCCCCGAACGAAAGAUAAGAAAAACAGGACAUCAACUCCAGAGCCGAUGACUAUAUCAGCAGCAGGGGGCCGUAAAAUAACAGGAAGUGUAGAUGAGAUGGAUGAAAUGUUUCAUAGCCUGAAGAAAGGAGGAGUGUCUCUGAUUGGUCAGAACCAGCCAUUGACGCAUGACCAGCUUCGUAAAUCCUUCAUCAAACGCAACAAGAACCCUGUCAUCAAUGAGAAAAUUCACACGCUUCGUGCCCUCCAGAGUACACUUAAGGCAAAAGAGGCGGAGCUACAGCUUAUUAAUAAGAUGUUGGAGGAUUCUGAAUUCACUCCUCAGAAGUUUCGCGAGUGGAAAGUUUUUAACGAAGAGCUGCUUCAAGACAUUGAAAGACCGGCCAAUGAGAAAGAGCAGAAAGCGAUAGCCGCACCCAGUACAGACACUUCCAAAGGUGAAGAAGAGCCGAGCGAAGUGAACCUGAGCGAAGGGGAACAGUUGGUAGACGCUGAAAUAUCUGAUGAUGGAGACUCAACCCCUAAAGACACAACAGCGCCUUUGCAGACACAGAUCACUGGCGUGGAAAAUACGCCUCCAACAGAAAACUACUUUUACAUAUGAAACACGUACACAAACUGACAUUUUACAACCAUACUGCAUACAACGAUGAUUGUACAUUGAUAUAUAAAUGACAUGAAAUUCAACUCAUCUGGGACAGAGCAGAUUUUGAAUGACACUGCUGUACGUGUACUCUGAACUAUCACUGAAUUUAUGAUAAACUGCCUUUUUUUGAUGAAAAAGGAAAAAUCUAACUUUAGGCACUUGUUAAAAGACACUGAUCAUGAUGUGUUUAAUUUUAACUAAGUUUCUUGAAAAUGUGAUUAUUAGAAUUAUACUAAUAGGAUGCAUAUUUGUUAUUACAACAAGUAUAUACAGUAAUAUUUGCUUAAGUAUGCAAUGUCAAAAAAGGUUUUAUGAAUGUUUUUGGAACGUUCGGAUAAUAGAAAAGACAUGAAAGUGUUUGUUUGAUACAAAUUAUUUUUUUAUUAUAAAUAAAAUUUCUGUAUGGCAACACAGAUCCUGAAACUUUGUCUUAAUGGGAUAGUUCAAUACCCCCAAAAUAAAAAUUCUGUCAUAAUUUACUCACUUUCAUGUUUAAAUGUCUUUGUUCUGACCAACACAAAGGAAGAUAUUUUGAGAAAUGUUUGUAACCAAACCAUUCGUGGACCACAUUCACUUCCAUAGUAGGAAAAAAGAAUACUAUGAAAGUGAAUGGGGCUCACGAACAUUCCUCAAAAUAUCUUCCUUCGUGUUUAUCAGAACAAA